AUGAUUGCCAAACCUGACCUGCUCAGCCUAUGUGAGGAUAUUUCGAAGGCUGCCGGUCGGAUAAAGCUGCACGUCAGAAAAACUCCCCUGGAAUACUCUCCUUGGUUAAGUGACGUUGGCAAGUCGAAGGUCUAUAUUAAACUGGAGAGUGAACAGAUUACAGGAUCUUUUAAACUGAGAGGAGCCUUCAACAAACUCCUCACCCUUAAAGAAUCAAAUGAUGAGGUUUUUCUGACUAAUGGAGUGAUUACAGCUUCUACUGGAAAUCAUGGAGCAGCCACUGCAUAUGCAUCAAGUAAAGUUGGCACUCCAGUUACUAUUUAUGUACCAGAGACCACUUCUUAUGCCAAGCUGAAAGUAGUGAAACAGUUUGGUGGGUCUGUGAAGUUCCAUGGAGAAGACUGUGUUGAAACAGAGGUGACAGCCAGGAAUGCUGCUAAGGAAAGUGGCAUGCAUUUUGUUUCACCAUAUAAUGACCUUGUAGUUGUUGCUGGGCAAGGAACCAUUGGGGUGGAAAUCUUCGAAGACUUGGCCGAUGUUGAUUCAGUAUUCGUUGCUGUUGGAGGAGGGGGACUUAUAGGAGGGAUUGCAGCCUACCUGAAAAGUGUUAAACCCGGAAUAAAGAUGAUUGGAUGUCAGCCCUCACAGUCUGCGGUGAUGUCAGAGUCAGUGAAGGCAGGAAAAAUUUUAGAUCUUCCAUCAGGUGACACGCUGUCUGACGGUACAAGUGGUGGUGUCGAGGAAAACUCAGUGACGUUUGAUCUUUGUAAAUAUCUUGUCGACGAGUGGAUCCUUGUGUCAGAGGAAGAAAUUAGUAGAGCAGUUUACCAAUUUAUGGAAAAUCACCAUAAAAUCGUAGAAGGUGCGGCUGGUGUUGCCAUUGCUGCUUAUUUAAAGGACCAUAAUAGAUUCCAAGGACAAAACGUGGUAAUAAUUUCUUGUGGAGCUAAUAUAACCAUGAAAAAGUUGAAAGAAGUAAUUCUUCAAUGGGACCAGAUAUAAUCUGAGCUUGAAUUUUUAUAACCAAUGUGUCCUAGAUGUAGAUGGCACUUUAAUUUUGUGUCGCGAAAAGUUACAAUGGCUACUUAGAGGUGAAAAGGAACUAAGCAAAGGGCCUGAAGCGCGGGGAAAUUCGAGCGUCAUCUUUUGGUUUUGUUUCUGAUUGGUUAAGAGCGUGGCGCGAGUUUUCUUAACCAAUCACAGAGCCAAACAAUCCAAGAUAACUUUCGACGCUCGUCUGAACACUGCAUGGUGGAGAGCCUGAGCCAAGUUCAGCGGAUGAAAAUUCCAUUAUGCUCGCAUCUCGAGCACACUGCAAACUUCAGUGAAUUACUUUUGGCCAAAGAACCACUCAGCAGUAUUAAAAGAGAUGCCUAGAGAAAAAAUUGUUAACCUGCACGUGUGUUUAAAAACCUCAUUCGUUGAGAAAAAAAGGGAGACAAUAAAAUUACAUGAUUUGUGGAACUAA